GUGCGAGCUGAAGGCGAAGCUGGGGUUAAAGAAGGAGGACAUGGCCCGGCCCGCGGCUCCCGGCGCUGCGUUCAGAGCGCCCGCGGCCCCGGCCCGCUCCGCGCCAUCGCCGGCGCCCACAGCGCAGGGCCAGCAUGGACGACGAUUUCUCCUCCCAGAUGAAGAAGGUGGCCUUGGCCAUGGGCACGUCCCUGUCGGACAAGGACAUAGGCCUGCUCCCCACGGACGUGAGGCACCACGGCGCCUUCAACUACCUCAAGUUCUUCGAGCACAUGCGGAAGUUCCAGGCCUCGGGGCAGCUGGAGGGCGCCAUCCGCAAGGCCUUCCAGACGCUGGACAAGGACAAGAGCGGCUUCAUCGAGUGGAACGAGAUCAAGUACGUCCUGUCCACCGUCCCCAGCAGUGGGCCCGCCGCCCCACUGACGGACGAGGAGGCCGAGGCCAUGAUCCAGGCGGCCGACACCGACGGCGACGGGAGGAUUGACUUCGAAGAAUUCUCCGAGCUGGUCAAGAAGGAGAAAAUCCCGAAGAAGAAGUAGCCCCAUGCCCACCCAGCCAGCGAGCGCCCG